GCGCGUGAGCCGUGUGCCGUAUCGUCACGCGAAAAAUGUCUGGUAAAAUGAAGUGGAAACGGAGAAGGUUCGCGAUCUCUCAGAAAAAUUCGAACGUUGUAAAGACUUAACGAUCGAGUCCAGCGUAGAGACGAUAAUAACAGUGUAAAUAGUGUUUUUUCCUCUAUACAUUUCCCCGGGAGUGAAUAGCAGCCGCAAAAAGAGGAUAAUUUGGCUCCAGAGUUCACCGUAAGAUAAAAGUAAGAAAAAUGGUUGUCGGCGAGGCGAGCAUACACAAUAUAAUGGGAGGCAUGGAGAGCACGGGCGGGGUGCGUCUUCACAAUCACAAACGGAAACUGAAGCAGAGGUUCGACAUCAUCAAGAAGCUCGGCCAAGGUACUUACGGCAAAGUUCAGCUGGGCAUAAACAAAGAAACUGGUCAAGAAGUGGCGAUAAAGACGAUAAAGAAAUGCAAAAUAGAGACGGAAGCUGAUCUGAUAAGAAUACGAAGAGAAAUUCAAAUAAUGUCGAGCGUGCAACAUCCAAACAUCAUUCACAUUUAUGAAGUGUUCGAGAACAGGGAGAAAAUGGUGCUGGUAAUGGAGUACGCGGCCGGCGGUGAGCUCUACGAUUACCUGAGCGAACGCAAAGUCUUGUCGGAGCACGAAGCUCGUAGGAUAUUCCGACAGAUAGCCACCGCGGUCUUUUAUUGUCACAAACAUAAAAUUUGCCAUAGAGACUUGAAGCUGGAAAACAUAUUGUUGGACCAAGUUGGAAACGCGAAAAUAGCGGAUUUUGGACUGUCGAACGUGUUCGACGAGCAAAGACUGUUGAACACAUUCUGCGGCAGUCCGCUCUACGCGAGCCCGGAGAUCGUCAAGGGCACCCCGUAUCAUGGGCCGGAAGUUGACUGCUGGAGUUUGGGGGUUCUUCUCUAUACAUUGGUUUACGGUGCCAUGCCCUUCGAUGGGUCCAACUUUAAACGACUAGUCAAACAGAUCUCCCAAUCGGAUUACUUCGAACCGAGGAAACCGUCGCCCGCCUCUCCUCUCAUAAAGGAUAUGUUGACGGUAAGUCCCGGCAAGCGAGCUGACAUAGAAAAGAUAUGUACCCACUGGUGGGUGAACGAGGGUUACGAACAAAAUUGUCUGGACAUCGCGGAGGAGUUGGCUGCGCAAACCCCGGUUCGACUGGAUUUGUUGCUUUCGUUGGUACCACAGUCGGCCAGCGCGGAGAAGCUAGUGGUGGGCGAUGACCGUCAAGCGGCCGGGGACGUCGCGAACAACGUGUCUUCCGAAACACUGGUUCCCACUAGGUGCCAUUCGGUCGGCAGCUUGAUGGAGAUCGAUCGAAACAAUUCCGACAGAAGAAUAAGGGAGCUAAUGGAGGAGGAGCCGCGUACCGCACCGGCUGCCGGGGACGCAAAGAGGAAGCUCGAGACAACGCCGUCGAUGGACGAGACGGCCGCCGCUGGUGUCAAGAGAAAGGAGCGGUCCAGGAGAAAGGAGCGAACCGACGAGAGAGAACCUAGAACGUAUAGAUCCGCGUCCAGGCAUCACUCGGCCCCGAUUCCAAACGCUAUCACCGAGGAAGCCAUGGAAGUGGAUCCAGUUGUGCCCGUUCCGACGAGCAGCACAAUCCUCGUCGACCCGAGUGGAGCGGAAUCUACGGCUGUUUCCUUGGAGUUGAUCAAAGAAUGCAACGAGAGGUCGCCCAGCAAGGAACGAAGCGGAAUGCCGGUGACCGCGUCCCAGAGACAACAGGAACCGAUCGAUCAUCCGUCCAUGGAAAACAAUCUGAGAACAGCCGAUCGCGACGACAAACACCCACGGAACGAGGUCGAGAAAUCGCUCGACAAAGGAUACCGGGAAGAACCGACUUCCGGCGUGGUUUCCGUGAACGCGGAGAAUCUCGGGAUGACGCGCGACGAACGACCGAUCGUUCCAAAGACCGCUGUAUCGUCGAGCGAGACAGCUGUGAACGACAACGACGAUAACGCGGCGGCAUACGCCUCUCAAGACAGUUUGGAAGCCACUCAACGAGAGUUCAAGAAACUGAAGGAGAAGGCACUGUCUCUCGACUCGGAGCUCGCGGCUGAAACUCGAGACGUUCCAGCGAAGACGUUCGAGAGGAGGCGCUCGAAGAUAUUUGAAACCGCGGAGAAGUUCAAUCAAAUGGCGUCUGGCGUCGAAACCGAGAAGCCAAAGAAAAUCUUCAUUCCUGGCGUUAACGUGGGAGGAGCGAAACGCGUGUUCGAGAGGAAAGCUAGUCUCUCUUCUAUCGGCGCGCCUCCUCCCGCGAAGCCCAGCGCGUCCAAAGUCAUCAUCGACGUGCCGACCGACAAAAAGAUCGAAAAAUCGAAACAGCCGCGAGACGUUCGAAGCGGGGAACCGGACGGGGUGGAGCUGGAAGAGGCGAAGAAACGUGCAGUCGAUAUAAUAACCGGAGCGAUCGGUAAACCGCCCGUCCAGAGGAGAGUGAACGGAUCCCCGCCGAUGUCACCGCCCGGCCAGGAUGCUGCCGAGAAGCUACCGUUGAAGAUACCCGUUGGAACGAACGAUCUGCGAACCGCCACGGUAUCCGUUUCCACGCCUGUCGAUAGCAACUUUACAUUCGAUGACAAAUCCUUCGAUACGGCGAACAAGCCGACAGCAUCGAUCUCGAGCGUUGCCGCGACCGUCAACGACGACGGGGAGGACUCGCAGCCGGACGAGCCGAGAAUGUCCAGCAAAAUGGAGAUAACUCUAAAGAGCGCGACUCUGCCGAGACCGCGGAAAACGAGCAAAGCCGAGAUCUCGUUGUCAGGGACAAAGUCGUCGGAACCUGUGGCGGCGUUCAGGUCCGAGCUAGAAGCGAAGAUCGACGCGUUUCAACCGCAGAAGCUGCGAACACAAAGGUCCGAAGUGGCCUUCCCCGUUGCGGCCGCGAUUCCACACUCGAAUCGAAGCGCGAGUUUGGAGCCGGACACCAGGCCGAAGAAUCUGGUUCCGAAGGAGAGAAUAAUACCGAUACAGAUGGAAGGGGACACCGUGCGAUCACAGUAUUCGUCGACGCCGACGACCCCGCCGCCGCAGCAGCAGCAGCAACAACAACAACAACAACAACAACAACAACAACAACAGCCAGUGUCCGCGCCGAAGCCACCGAUGCCACAAAGAUCAAUGUCCCAGCGAUCGGGAUCGCUGUCACGUCAGUCGACUGCGGACUCGGAUACCGACAGCGCUUUGGGAUCUACUACGCUCGGUCCGGAACCGAUCAGAAAAAGUCCCAGAGAAUACAUAAUUCCGAUUGCUGUGGAGGGCGGUGGAUACGUGACGCCGCGGUCGGGUAGCGUGGAACCAGAGAGUAAAACCGGUACCCCAACUAGCGCGAACGCGCCGACGAGGUCCAGGUUCGGUAGGCCCCGAAGAAUGAGCUCCCUGUUGUCGGACGCCAGCGAGGACGAAUCUCCAUUCUCGACGUUGCACAGGGACAGCGAGGAUCUCCUACAGAGGCACAUGCAUCGACUGAGAAGCUCUCGACCGUCGAGGCAACCGUCGGAACACGCGGACAGCUUGUCCUCCGGCGAGGAUGACGACGACGACGGGUUCGAGUUGCUCACGGCCGAGAAUCUCUUUUCCACGCUGCUCUCCAGAGUGAGAAGCUUGACGCAGAGACUGAAUGUGGACGACAACCGAAACGCUGGUUUCCCAAGUUCUCGACUCUUUGGAAGACUAGGAUCGAAUUCGUCGCCAGCGUUUUGGGCUCUCAAUAAGCCGUUAUCGAGCUACCAGACGUAUGUCGAAACGAGGACCGUGACUACGCGGUUGACGGAGUCUCAGUUCAGGCAUUCGCGGAGCCGCGACGGAGACGUAUUCUCGAGAAAGGAUUCCGUCGACUCCUCGACGAAUCCCGGAAGCCCGAAUAGCCCAGGAUCGCAUAACACCUCUGCGAGGGAAACCGUCUUUGACAUCGGCAGCAACACCUUACCAAGAGAUAAAGUAGAACGCGAAGACGCGGAAGCGGAACCGGCGCGAAUCAGCAAAGAAACACAGGAAUCGGUGGAGCAAAGCUUCACGCCUAGUCUGGCGAAACGGCUGAGCAGAUCGUUCAUCGAGCAAACCAGACGAUCUCUACCCUACGAGACGCGAUACCGUCGCUUGUCCCCCUGCAGGGAGUCGCGAAACGCGUUGUUCCUGGACUCGUCCGAGGCCGGAGACCGUUCUUCCGAGUCCACCGUGUCCGAUCAAACCGAAUACAAGGAACACCGACCGGCGAACAAUGUCGUGCGACGAUCGAACAGCUUGUUGGAGUCGAGCGGCAGUCGAGAGGGAUACGGAUGCCGUGGAUCGCCGAGGAGAAGCGUUAGCCUGUUCGACGACGACAUCGACGUCGAUCGCGAGAGCAACGAACGCGGCGAGGAUUCGUUGCAGACGUUGUUUGCCCAGCACGCGAGCACUCUCGGUCGAAAGUACAAGGAAUCAACACCGUCCGGUACGACCGGCAAGCAUCGCAGGGAAAACUUUCGCUCGUACAGGACGGACAAGAUUCAAGAGGAAACGGCCGACGACGCGUUCGCCUCGUCGUGGAAGUCGGACCCGGAGAACCAAGAGAAUCACGCGACCGAGAACAGUUCCGUCUCGGAUUGCGCGUCCGCGAAUCUGCCGGAUGCGAUGUCCAGCGUGUCGACCAAAUCGUACGACACGUCCCCGACGACCGAGUCCUCCUGGAACGCGCUCGACUACAAGUCUUCCUCUUCCGCCACCGCCGCUGCCGCUGCCGCCUACGUUCCCAGAUCGGAUCCGUCACGGAGCUUCGAGAACAGACUACUCGCCGCUGAAAAUUUAAUCAAGGAGUCGAAGCUGAGGAACCUCGGACCGAGCAGGUUCGACCCGAAUCUGAGCUCGAGCUACAGAGACACCGACAAGUGCGAGAAACAGUCGUUGAUCUCGAUCGGUGAAACGGGCAACUGCUCCUCGAUGGUCGCGAAACGACGAACCUGCAUCCCGAGUUUACGGCUGCGAUCCGGUUCGCUGACCAGAGAGCCGACGUCGGCCGUGGAUCGUCGGAAGUCGUUCGCCGACACGCGAGACCUCGGUUUCACCGCGGCGCGAGCCCUCACACCGGAAAAGUCGAUCCUGAGCAAGCUCUUCAAGUCUGCCGGGAACCGCGAGAACGAUUCGAAGGAGAGAGAGAAAGAAAAGGAAAAGGAAAAGCCGCAAAAGUCGAAACAGCACAGAAUAUCGCGAUUCCUGCGUCCUGACUUUUUCGACACGCCCAGAGAGGAGAGUCGUUACGCGAAAGAGAAGGAGGAACGAAAGGCGGCGGAAAACGAAAGACGUAAAUCCCGGUUUAUGAGACGAAAAACCGAGAACAGAUCGCAGGAAACGAAAAGCGGCGUGGAGCAAGAAAAGCGCGAAAAGGAGCUGAAGAACGAGAUCAACGCGCUCAGAAAGGAUCGCCGACCGGAAGAGUCUGCGGAUGUGAAGACGGAGAAAAACUCGCCGCCAAAGGAAACGGUCGAAACGAGGAAGAUCGAGGAGAGACGCGGUUCGCGAAACAGCUUCUUGCACUCGUUGGAGAAGAAACUCGAGAGACUUCGUUCGAGCGAGGAAGUCGUUGCCGCGACGACGAAACCCGUGGCGAACGGCGGAAUCGCGAACGAGUCCCGCGAGUUCUCCGCUCCUCCCGGUGAACGACGUUCGGCCCCCGAAACCGAUUCUCUCCGGAAAGCCGCCAGCGUCGAAGAUGUGUCCGCGAACAAGCCCGUCGGACGCACCGCUAGGAGCAAAGUGUCAUCCGUGCUGGGGUUGUUCAAAAGCGUGGACACGAAACAGAUUGCGGGCCCAUCGCGCGUUGUCGCGCAAAACACCAUUCUGAGCAGGCUGAAGAAAAGCCCGCCAAAAUCAACGAAGCCAGACACCACCGUAGCUUUCGGCGAUGACGCCUCGUCGAGUAGCGGCGGCGGCGGCGGCGGCGGCGGUAGCAGCCGGAUACCGACCAAACUCGGCGUCAAAGCAGACUCGAAACCGACCAAGAGACUCGUUGGGGAAAAGCCUGGGUCCGAGUCUCCGAAACGUUCACCGCCAAAGGAGAAAGCUUCGACCGUGAAAGAGAAAACAGGAUCGAGCGAGAACGGCUCGAAGAGAACCUCGCCGAGCACCGAGAUCGCGGAGGAGUUCGCCGGUGAGAAGAGAGCGACGGAACUCGCCCGGGAAGAUCCCACGAACGGCGCAAUCGACAAGAAGCUUCUAAAAACUAGAAAAAAUCGAUCGUUGGUGGAGAACGGCUCAUCCGCGGAAACGGCAAAGCGCGACGAAGCGGAAAAGAGAAACACCGUGAAAAACAACGACACGGACGGGACGCUGAAGAAGAGGAAGAAGAAGCCGACGACGACCACCACCAACACCACCACCGCGACGACGACGACGACGACGACGCGAACGGUGAAAAAGAUCGCGAAGAAAUCGUCCGACGGUUCGGACGAGAAACCGGACGAGACCGGGAAAACCGCGAAACCGCGAGUAAAGAAAAAACUUGGGCACACCGGCGAAACGAGUUCCGAGUCGACCGGCUCGUCCGGCGCUGCUGCCAAGACAGUCGUCGCCAAGACCAAGGAGAACGGUGUCGACUCGCAAACGAACGGGAGAACAUCCGCGAGGUCCAACUACGGGGACGCGAAAACCGCCGCCGUUUCGUCGAGAAAGCCGAGCCUCGAUAGCCCCGGCGAGGAUUCAAUCGUGCUCGAUGCGAAAAACGGCCUAACAAAAGCACAACAAGAGUCGCAGCGCGCAAACCGCAGCAACUUGAAGCUCGACCUGACGAAAAUACCCCAACACUCGUUCAGAAACACCACGCCGAAAAAGGAGUCGCCGAAGUCCGAGUCACCGAGAAUCCCCGGUGAAUCUCCGAAGGCGGCCACCGACAAGCUGAUGGAAUGUCUCUCGAAAGUGACGCACCGCGCCAGCAUCACCGGAAACAAGAUCAUCAUCGACAAGCCGUUGCGCGCCAAAGACGUCGCCGAGUUGAGGAAAGAGGUGACGGAGUGCGCGAAAUUUCUCGAGAGUCGUGCCGAAUCCGGCAACGACGAGUCCGCGACGAUUUCACGACCGGCGGCCGAUCUGCCGGAAGAACAGGACAACGGAAAAUCCGUCGGAACCGAAACGGAUCGGACGGAACCGUCGAAUAAUCAACGGACGCCGCCGUUGCUCGAUCGUUACACGAACGAGCCGUUCUCGCCCGUCGACGAGCCCGAGAGUUUCGACUCGUGGUCGGUCAGCUCGACCGAGCUGAACCACGCCCGGGCCGACCUUCACUCGCCAACGUCCCCGUCGCAUUCCUUGUACGCGAGGUCCGACAAUUCGGAAUCGGUGAUCGAUCGGAUCCGCAGGCGGAGCUUCUACUCGCGGUUCAACGACAGAAGGAGACCGUCGCUGACGGCCCCCCCGCCUGGCCUCGGGCUGUCGUCGAGCAGCGUCGCGUUGCCGCGAAAGUACAGCUUCAGCGGGCACAGAGAGCAACGGGAUCGCAGCAAGUACGUCGGCCUCGGCACGGUCUCCUUGGCCAGGCACGCGGAUCGUCGGUCCAGAAGCUACGACCUGUUCGCCGACGACGGCAUCGUCGCGCGUAACAGUUUCCUCGACAGAUCCCCCCGAUAUUCCGACGCCACGACCUCGUCUUCGUCCUCGUACAUCGCCGAUCCGAGAUCCUCGAUCGAGCACCUGCCUCCCCUUUCCUCCUCCUACGAUCCGCUCAGAAGAUACAUCCGAUCGCCGACCUUCGAUCUGUCCUCGUCUCGGGCGAGGUAUCACAGCGUAGACUUUCCGAUCGACGCCGAUCUGGAAAGCUAUCGGAGCCCGGUAUCCGGCUUGCCGAGCGAACCAACCACGGUCGGCUGUUUCGCUUCCUCCUCCUUGCCGCGGAAAUACAGAAGCUCCGCGUCCGAGCCGAAAACGGUCGAGUAUUACGAGGAGCUGUUGGCUCCGACCGGCUCGGAUUACCUGCAGAUUAGGAAGCUACCGAUGAACCUCGAGUACCCGAACAGAUGCGAGAACGGCCACUACAACGGAGGAACCGUCGAUCUACGUUCGAGCGGCCCGAACCGCAAAGGUCACACGGAGCCUGCCAUUGUCACGGAUCUUCUCGAGCAGGACGAGGAACGAUCCACCGAACGGAGAAGGAGCACGAGCGGAAUGUCGUCGACAUCCACGGAACCACCGACCACCUGCGCCAACGAUCACAGCUAAUUCGUUCCGUCGCGAGACCAUCCUUCCCAUUCGAAACCAACACCCUUCGAACCGCGAUAACCGAAAUGUUUGUCGGUCUCUUGGACGUUCGAUCGUCGCGUAUCCCGCAUCACCGAAGGCACCGAAGAGAGCCAUUCUCCUGAAAAACGAUCACGUUCUAGUCCGUCGUCGCGCAACUUGACCAAACAUUUUCUAACGCGACGAUGUUGUUGUUAACGGGAAUUGUUCCCCUUCACCCUUAUUAUGUAUACCGUCCACGCUGUCGAAGAACUGCUGCGAGACUGGUCGCAGUGAUCUCGUUCCUACCCGAAAUCUAGUCACCAAAGGUUCUUCGUAACGCGUGGAAGGGAAACGCGCGUGUAACCGUUACCAGUUCACCUUUUUCUUUUUCCCCUUCGUUCCUUUCCUUUUUUCUUCUUUCU